GGACGGCUCGAUGACGUCAUGUGACGCUCCGGGACGGGUCGGGCUCCACCGGACCGCCUCUGAUGACGUCACUCGCGCGGCUCGCGCUUCGAGCGCCCCCAGGCGGUCGUCGACGUCAGUGACUGAGCUCGGGAUCGGGCCUCACCAAGCGUCCUCUUCUGUCACUGGACGGGGCUCGGUGGUGUGAGCCCUGCGGGCAUUUCGGCCAGUCCCCUGGCCAAGCCCAUCCAGCCUGGCCCAACCGAUUUCAGCGCCGUCCUCUGGCCUUGUCACACCUUCCUGGUUCCCCCAUCUUAGAUUCCGCGGUUGAGGGGAGAGGGGGAAUAAUGUUGCAUCCCUGGGAGGCACUGAAAAAUGUCUGUGAUGUGAAUAAAUGAAUAAGUAAGAGUGAAGACGUUUGGGAUCCCAGCUCCCACAGGGCGCCGAGAUAUCUCUGGUCCUUGAGAAAGCCCUCGCCAUUUGAAACCCCUCCCCAGUUCUUCCUCCCAGAGAUCACAGUGCCCUGUCAGAGACUCAAGGGAGUCAGCUCCUCUCACAAGAAGAGGAGAUUCUCACAGAAGGACCUCCCAUCUUUGACCCCUUGCUCUGAGUCCUGGACUGUCAGGCAUGGGCUGACACCAAAGAGAUCAGCCUAGAUGGUGUGUGCUCAGUCUGGGGAGAGGGCCAGAGAGCCUUUCCCCAUGCAUCAGAGCUGGGUGCCUUUUUCCUUCCAGGUUGACCACAGGAACUCAGCAAUAAUUCAGGGGCUCCAGUUCUUUGGAACCUGUUGCCAGGAAACAGGGAGACCAGCACGUGCAUCCCUGGGGAGAGGAAUCGGUUUCCAGCCCAAAGCAGCCCAGGGCACCCACUGGGAGCCUUGGGGCCUUCCCACUCCAGACCAUACAGGCUGAGUGAAGAUACAGGGCAGGGCCCUGUUGAGGGUACGGCCCUGUUGAGGGCACAGCUGGUAUGGCUACAGCCGCAGAGGCACCACUGUGGGUCCUAAGCCCAAAGACUUUGUAAAUAGAAUUCGUGAAUGGAAAAGAAUUUUUCUGGAGCCUUUCCAAAUAAUCAAAUUCAAGAACUCCUAGGCCCAGGAAGGCGGCUUCUGUAAAGAAAGAUGUCUUCAUUAUGUUUUCAUUAUUCUUGCAAAUAUGGGUCAAGAUAAGGGGCUGAAGGGGCAGAAGCUGGGUCUCACCACAGACUCUUUUGGAUCGGGUUCACCUGCUGGGCACUGUGCCAUCUGGGGAGGCUGAUGCAUCUUUAAUGAGGUCACCUGAUGCUUGGGACAGGCUCUCAGACUCACCAGGUUCCUGGAGCCAGACUCACUGGGUGCCCCCUGAACCACCAGCUUCCCGUGCCUGGGUGCCAGGCCUGUUUCCCAUGCAGCCAUGAGCCAGGCCUUCUGGAAAACCUACAAGUCCAAAGUGCUACAGACCCUGAGUGGGGAAUCUGAGGAGGGCCUGGCAGAGGAGAAGGAGAACCCAGUGUUAGUGGAGUCUGAGAUGGCAGAACCCACUGAAGAGGCCUUCAACCCCAUGUCACAGCUGGCCCGCCGGGUUCAGGGAGUUGGGGUGAAAGGUUGGCUGACGAUGUCGUCUUUGUUUAACAAAGAAGAUGAGGACAAGCUGCUGCCACCGGAGCCCUGUGCUGACCACCCACUGGCUGCGCAGCCCGCCCCGCAGGCGGCGGCCGAGGCGCGCGGGCCGGGCUUCUGGGACGCGUUCGCCAGCAGGUGGCAGCAGCAGCAGGCGGCCGCCGCGUCCAUGCUGCGCGGAGCGGAGCCCACGCCGGAGCCGGACCCCGAAGCCGGGGACGAGGCCGCCGAGCGCCCCGAGCCGCGCGAAGCUGAUCCCGUGGCCGGUUUCACGUGGGGCUUCCUCACCCACAAACUGGCCGAGAUGAGGGUGAAAGCGGCACCCAAGGGCGACUAG